GGUUCGGGUUUGGGCGGGUAUGGGCACGGAUUUAACUAAUACCAAACCCAAACCCAUAAAUGGCUACAGUAACGGGCAAAACCCAAACCCAAACCCAAAUCCAGUCAACUCGGAUUUUGCCCGUCAAAUCGGAUCGGGUUCGGGCGGGUACCCAUGGGUUUGGGCAAAAUUGCCAUCCCUAGCCUGGAGUUUGAAAAACUGAAAAAUAAAGUUCUCAUUUAGUGCAAUAUUUAGUUUUUGCUUAUUAGUGUUAUUUCUGUUGGUGUUGUUUGUUAGUGAGUGGCGUGAGCUUUGGUUCAGCCAUUUUGUCUUUUCCAUAUGUUAGGCACUUUAUUAGUUCGGUUGGUAGUUAAUGGAGUUUGGAGGAAUAUGGUUUUCUAUGUUGGUGGUUAGAUUAGGUGGUUGUACUUGAGGUGUGAUAGGUUCUCUUUUUCUUUUCUUAUUAGAUUACUGUUCACUAACAUGUACUAGUAGAUUUGAAUAUUUGAAACUGAUUUGAGGAUUGGUUUUUGACCCUUAUUUUCGUUUUGAUUUUAAUUUAAGAAUUUAAUGUCUUGUCUUUGUGUCUGCUUCCCUAAUCCUUUAUAGGAUUUUGGUUCUCCCUUUUUUGUCUGUAUGUAUAGUGACUUUUGGGAGGAUAAGAAAAAAAGGAUGGAAAAUGGGCAAUUGUUUAUAUUCAUGGGAUUCAAGGAAUUUAUAGCGACUAUGCGUGUUUGUUUUUCGGUUGAAAAAGAUAAAAGCAUAUUCCUUCAAAUCGACUCUUUGGUUCCGCUGGCUUUUAUGCCUUAAAAUUCAGGCGAAUGUACAUUAGAGACGUUCCUAACUAAAAAACAAACACAACCAGCAUAUCGACAAACACAGCCUAACAUAUCAGAUCAUGUAAAUAUUAAGGAUUCAAGGGCAUCUUAGGAUCUGAUAUCCACUACCUCCUCCUGGACCCCCUAGAUUAAGCCAAGGUGUUAAACUCAUAAACUUAAUUUCAGGACUGCUUUUUGUAGGAAAAUUUGUGGACUUUGCCAGAGUUCUGCUAAUCCAAGCAUUUUGUUCCCUGCAGUUUGCUGCUGAGUUAUUCCAUGACUUGCAUGAUGAAGUAAUGGCUACUGCUGCUAGAGGCCACAACCUUAUUUCUCGUGUUCAACAGCUUGAGGCUGAAGUUCCUGCAAUUGAGACAACUUUUUUGUCGCAAACUCAUAAUUUCUCAUUUUUAACAAAUGGAGGGAUUGACUGGCACCCUAAUCUUCAGUCUGAACAGAAACUUGUUACACGUGGAGACUUACCUAGAUUCAUAAUGGAUUCAUAUGGAGAAUGCCGUGGUCCCCCUAGACUCUUCCUUCUGGACAAGUAUGAUGUGGCUGGUGCUGGGGCUUGUUUGAAGCGUUAUACUGAUCCAUCAUUCUUUACAGAAGACUAUGCUUCCUCUGUAACAAAAACUACUGAAGUAGUUCACAGGGAAAAAAGAAUUCGUAAAGUCAGGAUGCAAGGAGUGGGAUCAAGGAAUGGUGAAACCCCUGAAGUUUUACCAUCACAUACAAAACUACAUCAGUUGUUUCUUGAGGAGCGUAUUGAGGAUACUUGUAGUGAUCCUGCUCGUCUUGUGAAGUUGAGAAAAAAACAAUUGGAUGGAUAUGCUGUGGAAGCAAAAAGUGGGAGAAGUUACAUGGAGAAAAUUCUGAAAAUGCCCUCACCAGACUAUAAAAUGGUUUAUGAAACUUCGAUUGUUCCACAGCCUGUGAAAUUGAUGUCAGAUGAUACUAGUGAAACUAGGAUUAAAAUACUAGAAAUCAGUAGCAAUGCUCCUCGGAAAAGGUCUUUGGGAAAUGAUAACACACAUUCUUCAUGGAUUGAGCAGGAAUCAGAACUGAAUCCAUACUCAGAAAUGGAUAGGGAGACAAAUAGAUAUCUUGGGAAGGAGCAUGAUCAAAUCUCUGCCAGUGUCACAAAUGAAAUGUCUUCUAAUAAUCUCAAAUUACAUGAUGAGAAAGAAUUGGUUGCUGAUGAACAAGAGAAAAGAGAAUGUAUCCUAGAUGGCUACCGGUCUGAUGAUGCUAUAAGUGAGGUUGAUGAUUACAUGGAUGCAUUAGCUACUGUGGAGUCAGAAUGUGAAUCAGACAAUGAGUGUAGACUUCAGAACAGCGUAUUGAAUGCUCAAAAUGUGACCGAUUCAAAUACAUAUCAAAUGGAUACUCAAUUUUCAGACUCUCAAUCAUUUGGAGACUCUUUCACUUCUGAAGAAAUUAGUUCGACUGAGCAAGACAGAAAUGAAGAGCAAGUGCAAGCUCGGUUUCCAGAUUCUCAAUCUGUUGGAAACUCCACACGAGAGAUUGAAAAUAGGCCAUCCAAUUUUCUUCUACAAACUGUUGAGUUGCAAAAGACGUGUGGUCAGUUUGUCAUGCAAGUUGAUACACUUGAUCAGGGGGGAGCAAUAUCUCAUUCUAGACCAGUUUCUUCUUCUGGUUCAUCUCUGAUGGAGCAAGGAUGUUUAUUGUUUCCUUCAGAUCUUGGAGCCCCCUCACUGGUUUCCCCACUUAGAGGGACUCAAUUGGAUGAAACACCAUCUAGCCCUCUUGAACUACAUUUAAGGUUAGAAGAUGAUGAAGACAGGAAGUGUCUUGCUGAAUCUAUAGCUUCCGUAUCCAGUACCUUCACCCCAAUAAAGGAUGACGCUUGCAUAGUGGUUUCAUAUGAUAACAAUUCUUUGAACAACUUACAUGUUUGUGAUCCACAUAUUCAUUCUAAUGCUCUAUUACAAGAUUCAAAUGAUAUAAAUUUUUCUAAUGAAGAUGAAAGUGGUGAUCCUUCUGAUAUCAAAGUGUUGCAGUCCAAAUCUCUUAAUGGAUACUCUAGUGAAAUUUUGGUUGGUGGAGGUAUUGGUUCACAAGGAGGGGAUCCCGUUUGCCUGUCCAUGGAAGCACACCCGAAUUCAGGCACUAAGGUGCUGCUUGAUGACCGAGAUUUAAAAUCUGAGGAUGAUAAAAUAGCUACCCAACUUAACUCAGACGAUUUAUUUCCUGUUGCGGAUACUACACUAGAGAGUAGCUUUACAGAGGAACCAUGCUCUAGCCAUACACUUGGAAAUCCACAUAAUGGACCAAAUUCAGCAGAAAUUGAAGUUCUGUACCGUGAUCAGCAAUCAAAUUUUGAAGUGAUGCCAAGCAUAAUGCCUGACGAUGAAAUAAGUGGAUCCACCUGCAGUUCGGAUCCAAUUGAAGAUGAGGAUCAUAUUAAACGUCCACCUUGUGAUGACACAAGUAAGGAUAAUCAUGUCAUGGUAAAUGAUAAUUUCAGUGUAAAAGUUCAAUCAGAAGAUCAGCCUGUAUCUGCUCUUUCUUCUGUCAAUAUUGCUGAAAAUGAUGCAAGUAUUGUUGAUUGUCUAGCGUCAAAUUCUGUUUCUUCUCCAUCAAGAGAUCUAUCAGAUUUGCAUGAACCUUUCCUCUGUUCUUCAGAUUCACAUCUGAUUGAAAUGGAAUCCCAUGAUGUAGAUUUAACUAAAAUAUCUGUUGACUUGAACGCUGAUAAGAUUGAAAGCAAAGUGGAACCUUCUCCAGAUAUCAUAUUUUCUCCAAUAUGUAGUCUUACAACGUUGGAAGAAUCUCUUUCUACUUUUGCUGAUCCUCAUGAGAAAGAGAUUGAAGUCAAUGAAGCAGUUCCUGGAGAGUCUUUGGCAGAGUUGACAGCACAUGAGAAAGAGAUGGAAGUCAAUGAAGCAGUUCCUGGAGAGUCUUUGGCAGAGUUGACAGCACAUGAAGUAGAGGAUCAACCAGAAAUUGCAUUUACUGAUGUACAGUUGAACCUGAACAGACCAGUUCCCUGUGAUCCUGUAUUUAGAAUAUUUAAUAAUUUUCAACAUUCAUCUCUUAAGGAGAAAUUCCAAUAUGGUUCUUCGAUCAAUGACAUGGAAAUGGUGACUUUAUGUUCAGAGCAAGACUCUCAGAGAUCAGGAUCUAUAUUAGCAUGCCAGAAUGAUAUACAGAACAGUAAAGAUAGUUUGUCACCACCUUUGAAUGAUCAACUAGAGCCUGAACAACAGGAUGCAAAAUUUCUGCUCAGAAAUGAAGAAAGUUAUACCUCUGAGAAGUUUCAAGCUCAACAGAUGCAGUUAUCUAAUCAGUUGGAGCAGGAAAGAGUCUCUGAUGCUGCUUCCAAGUUUACUGCUGAAGUUCAUCCAGAUGAACCUUCACAUGAUUCCUCACCAAAGUCUUCUGGGGAGACUAACCCAACAAAACAUGUCAUGGAUCCAUUGAAACCUCUUCUUUCCGAUCUCUUUCCAAAGGAAACUAAAACCAAUGUUGAGGAGACGCCACCUAUGCCCCCUCUACCACCAAUGCAAUGGAGAACGAGCAAGGUUCAAGUUGCUUCCCUAGUUUCACAAAGAGAAGAAAAAGAAGCAAGUCAAGCGUCAUUCCAACCAUUACAGCCAGUUAAUCAUGAUGAUAAGGCUCAAUUUGGUUUAGCAACUCCUGAAAGAGAGACCUUGCUGAGUCAUAAUCCAUUUUUUCCUGUCAUAGCUCUGGAAAGCCGUGACCACCGACACUCAGCUGGAUUAUCAGCGGGUGUUUCAGAGCGCGCUUCUGCUAUUCCUUCGCAAUUUCCUGUCAUGUUAAAUGAAACAUCUAUGGUGGAAUCUCUGGACAGGCCUCCACAUGGAUAUGCAGUUGCUUCUGAGGAACAAAGGGUAUUGAAUUCAAGUCCAUGCCCACCAACACUGCCUGAAGAAUGUGCUAUUUCUGGGACUGAUCCCAUCUUUCAGCAAGAAAAACCAACUCAAUCUCUAAGUAAAUUAAUGGAAGAGACUAGCUUAGAAGUUCAAACACUUGAGCAAUCUUCCAUUAAUUUGAAAAGGGAACAAGGAGAUCCUUCAGUCUUGCCUGUGUCACCAUCCGGUUUUGUGCAGCCCAAUCACAGUCCGGCAUUGUCAUUUGACGCAUCUACUCAAAUAUCAAAGUUUCAUAGUGAAAUGCAAAAUGGAAAACCAAAGAAUAAGCUUACUCCUCCUCAGGCCCCUUCAAAUGAUGUUGUUGCUGCUCUUGACAAAAGCAGGCUGAGGAAAGUCAGUGAACGUGUUAGGCCUCAGAUAGCACCAAAGGAGGAUGAAAAGGAUUCACUGUUAGAACAGAUAAGAAUGAAGUCUUUCAACUUGAAGCCUGCUGUGCCUAAACGUCCCAGCAUUCUUGGCCCAAAAACGAACUUGAGGGUUGCUGCAAUCUUGGAGAAAGCAAAUUCUAUUCGUCAGGCAUUGGCUGGAAGUGAUGAAGAUGAUGAUGCUGAUAGUUGGAGUGAUUCUUGAAUUUACUACAGAAUGAAAAAUAGUCAUCAGUGUUGGUGGAUGUUAAUUUUUCUAUUCUGGUUCUUUCCUUGAAUUUGGGGUUAAAAGUCAUUCACCUGUGUAACGAACAGGAAAUGUACUCUGUUCACACAUGAAGUUCUGGACAAGAUAUGUCCGUCUCGAUUCCUCCGAAUUAAGAAGGCGUAAAUGUGUGAAACUCAUUUCAGUGUGGGACUCAGGCUUAGCACCUGAGCACUGUAUCAAUUCAUAUAUCAGCUAAUGUGCAUAUUUGUAUAUUGUGUUGAGGUUGAGGUUGUCAUAAUCAUAAUUUUUUUUUUGAUAUAGUCAUGACUCAUGAGUACCCAUUUUUGUAAUUCUGUAAUGUAGAGGCGUACCGAUGAUAGUUCGUCUCAUGUAUCAUGGAGCUCAUCUAUUCGUGUCCAAUACAAUAGUAUAUAUAUACAUAUACACAACACGUGAGUAAAAAUACUUUCAAUGUGCAGUUUUCAUCAUUUAUUCA